CUGGGCUCCGGCUCCGGCUCGGGCUCGGGCUCGGGGAUGCACCUGAACGCCACGGCCGCGGCCGCGCCGGGGGCGGUGCCGGGCGGCCCCCUGCGCCUGCAGCCCACGGGCUAUGCCCUGCCGGCCGGCAACGCUUCCAACCGCUCCGACCUGCUGCCCAAAGGGCCCGACGAGGAGGACCUGGACGUCAACACCGACAUCUACUCCAAAGUCAUGGUGACGGUCAUCUACUUGGCUCUCUUCUUGGUGGGCACCGUGGGCAACUCCAUCACGGCGUACACGCUGGUGCGCAAGAAGUCGCUGCAGAACCUGCAGAGCACCGUGCACUACCACCUGGCCAGCCUCGCCUUCUCCGACCUCCUCAUCUUCCUCCUCUGCAUGCCCAUCGAGCUCUACAACUUCAUCUGGGUCCACCACCCCUGGGCUUUCGGGGACGCCGUCUGCAAGGGCUACUACUUCCUCCGGGAUGCCUGCACCUACGCCACGGCGCUCAACAUCGCCAGCCUCAGCGUGGAGCGCUACAUGGCCAUCUGCCACCCCUUCAAAGCCAAGAGCAUCAUGUCCCGCAGCCGCACCAAGAAGUUCAUCAGCUGCAUCUGGAUCGCCUCCUUCCUCCUCGCCAUCCCCAUGAUCUUCACCAUGGGGGAGAUCUACGGCAAGGACCAGAAGCCCGACUCCCUCAUCUGCACCACCAUCGUGGACGCCUCCACACUGAAGACAGUCAUCCAGGUCAACACUUUCAUCUCUUUCGUGUUCCCCAUGGUCGUCAUUUCUGUGCUGAACACUAUCAUUGCCAACCAGCUCAUGGUCAUGUUCAAGCAGGCUGCCCAAGAGAACCAGGUUUGCACUAUCGGAGGGCAGCAGACGAUGCUCAGCAUGUCUAUGGAGCCCAGCCGGGUGCAGGCCUUGAAGCACGGCGUGAGGGUCCUACGCGCUGUGGUGAUUGCCUUUGUGGUCUGCUGGCUUCCUUACCACAUACGGAGGCUCAUGUUCUGCUACGUCCCCUCCAGUCACUGGACAGAUUUCCUUUUUAACUUCUACCACUACUUCUACAUGCUGACAAAUGUCCUCUUCUACGUCAGUUCGGCAAUCAACCCCAUUCUCUACAACCUGGUAUCUGCAAACUUCCGACAGAUCUUCAUCUCUACGCUAACACUCCUGUGCCUGCCAUGGAGGAAGAAGAAAAAACGACUCGUCUUCACCAGGAAAUCCAACAGCAUCUCCAGCAACCACACAUUUUCCAGCCAGGUCACAAGGGAAACUACGUACUGAAGCCAAAGGAGGAAGGGAAAUGUAUAUCAACCUGCAAUCAAAACUUGAGAGAGGCCUCUGUGACUUUCAUGCAUGGUCUCCAAAUUCACGUAACACAAAUGUGUUUAGCAAAGUCAUUCUUGUUGGAAAAAUAGGCUUUGUUCUGCCAAUAACUUUGAGGUUAUGUUAAAGCAUUGGCCUUGCCUCUUGUGAGUAAUGUCUACACGUUUUGUAACUUCAGUCUGGCGUAAAUCCAGAUGCAGUGUUAACUGGGAAGCCAAAACAUGUUAAAUGUAGGCAAAUUCAUACUGCAUUUCAUCCUUUUCUCAAUGCAGAGAUGCCAUGUUCACAUCCAAGGGUUUGAGAACACUUCUCUUGGUGGCUCUGAGCAGAGAGUCUAAUGAGGAGAAAGCAGUUUUUAACAGAAAGGGAUAUUUUUGGAGAAUGGCCAUACUUGUCUAUGAGAUGUUCAAUUAAUGAGGAGUGAAACACUCAGGGAGACAGGUGGUUAUUUUAAAAAUACUUCUAAAUUCUGAUUAAUAUUACCUGGGUGCUCAAGAGAGCCACUUUAGCUCCUUGAAAUUAAAUAAGAACAGAUGAUGCCUUACCUAGAUGGGGGUGGGUGUGGUCUGGAGGAACAGAAAUCAGUGCUGGUUUUGGAAUAGGGAUCAUCUUCUCCUUUAGUGUGCCUGGCACAGUGAGCCCCCACUCUUGCUGAUAUUGGUAUUGCAAUACCAAUAAAUAACUCUGGUAAAGUCAAGAAUGUAGAAACUGUGCCCAGCUGGAGUGCUGAAAAUGAACAAAGAAGGACAAUCUUACUUUUGCCACAAGCCAAAUCCUAUUUUUUACCAGAGGAAAAAGUUAGCUGGUUUGUGCUAAGGGGUGAGAAAUUUCCAGGCUUAUGAGGGCUACAGGCUGCUGAGAUAAAAGCAACCUGCCUGAAUUCUGUGGGAUGUAAGGCCUUCAGAUUUUUCCCAUUCUUAUUCCAGUUUUACUUCUUUCCGCAUUAUUUUCACAGGGCUGACAUCUCAUAGGAUGCCAGCUAUAGGCAGAGAGACCGCUUGUUCUACCUUUUUUUUUAUUUCUUGUUGCUAACAAACCUGUUUGCAUACUGAUUUGUAAACACAAAUCCACAGAUAGUACAAAUGAAAAACGGAAGAAGGUUGAAGCUGGGGAGUCUUAGCUCUGAAACAGCUUUCUUUUAACAAUUCAGAGAAGUGGGAGCAAGAACUGUUGGGUCUGAAUAAGUGAUUCAAAAACAGGAUGUGGCACAGGACUCCUGUGGCAUAAAGCUCCAUAGUAAGUCAGACUGCUUGAUAUAGACAGUCAGAGGUUGUGCUGAACCCUGGCUAUCUGCACGCUCUAAACAAAAAACAGGAUCAAAAUAUAGAACACAAAACAUAAUUUCUCUUCCCCUUCUUUAUCCCCUUGAUUCUAGCUUUGAAUUUGAAAUUUUUCAGCUGGCCAGGAGAGGUAGCCUGAGGUUUUCUGCUGUAUGCUUCUUUCUCUAACAGCAAACCAUGAGAGGCAACAAAUUGCUCCAGAGCCUUCAGCACCAGAAAUCAUGGAUCUCUGGGGAUAAGCUAACGGGCUUUCCCUGCUGUCACAGAGUGAGAUGGAGAUCUGCAUGAACCCAGGAGCCAAUCCAUCAUCCUGUGCAACCUGUGCUGUGAUAUUGUUGUUAGCAACCUUGUGUUCCCUUUUAUACCAGGGCAGAAACGAGAUCAGUGCUGUCCCUGCCAAAAUCACCAGCUUGUUGCCAUGUUCCCCUGCUAGGUGUAUUCCUAAUAUAUCUUGCUCCUUGGGCAGUCUAAGUCAGAAACCCACCCAGCGAACCAGCAAUUAUGCUCAAGCAAAGAUGACUCUAAAACAUCCGUUCAGGAAAAUCAAUGCAUUUUAUUAAAGAUCUGGGCUUUUCUAAGUGAGGCUGUCACAAACCAUUGCUAGCAAUUCAAACAGACUCUAGAAAAGAGGCGAGCUGCACAUUAGAUCAAAGGACAGACGGGAGAGCAUUCGUAAUGAGGCUAGGUUUUAAUCUCAUCUAGAGUAACUGCGAGAAUGGUUAUUCUCUGGUGGUAACAGCCAUUGCUAUUCAUUCUGCUGUUCAAAGUGGCUGUGUGAAUGGGAAGGUAGAUCAUUCUUGUUUGAAAGCACAGCGCUCUCUGCUCUGAAAUAACGAGAAUCUCUGUAAAGAGAGCAGUAUGGGAGGUGGGACUCAUUGCUGUGCCCUGGGGAGAGGAGGCUCUGUGCACAUACCUCCACUCAGAUGCUUCGUUAGGAUAGGAAGGCUUUCCUCUUUAGGAUGACAAACCAGAAGUGCCACAGGGCUUCAGGUAAUUCAGCUUUCCAGGCUUUGCCCGUUCCACUGGUUCUAUUCAUCUAACAAGCACCCACAUUGUGCCCAGUGUUAGGUAGUCACUACGUUAGAUGCAUGGAUCUAGUCCCACCACCUGCUACAUGUGACUGGCAGAUCUCCCCUUGCAGUGAAGUCUGUCUUGCAACAGUGGAGAUCAGUUCCUGAUCCAUUGAGUACCAGUGAUUUUUCCGGUUCGGAUAUGGUAUCUCAUGGGACAGGCCCCACUGGGCUCAGGACAUAGAGAAAAUGCCUGUGGAGUUGAGUGAUAGCUAUCUAUUCCUCAGACAUUUAUAACCUGGCCAUUGUACAGACCUAGCUACCACAGUAAAACAGGCUACCAUCAACCAUGACUUCCAACCACACCUGCCAGGGAUGGGAGAUUAUUUUAAUGCCUAGUACAAAAUCACUCCAAAAGAAAGGGCUCAAAAUAGAAAUCAGUGGGGCUUUAGUUUCUUCUGAUUCAGCCAAACUACAGGCUCUGUCCUGUCAUGCCUUCUCUUAAUUUCAUGCCCUGGUUGUAUCCAAACAGGGGGCAGAGAUUACAUUUGACAAAGCACUUUUGUUGCUCAUGCACAGUUGACUCCUUUUUGGUGAGAAAAACAAGUUAUGGGACAAAAAAAAAAAGUAAAAAGGAAGGCGAUAUCUCUUUAGAAGAAAACUUUCAAGGAACCAGUAAAUAAUAUCAGCAUGUGUUAGAAAUGGCAUGAGCAGGUUGGAAGAAGAGGCUACAGAAGCCUAUCCAUACUGCCUUGUGGGCUGUCUGUAAAAUGAGUAAGAAUUGCAGAAUCACAAACAGACCUGUCAAUACAUAGUUUACUCACUGUUUAGAUCUUAAUCUAACAUUUGUCCAUUGAAGCUCAGUCAGAUUUUUAUAAACGUGUAGGAGGACUGUAGCUGAGAGAGGCAGUCUCAGCAAGAUGCAGAUUUACGUGGGCACAGGGAGCACCGAGCACUCCCGGGUACCUUGACAGCUUCCAGGUGAUAAAGCUGACAAAGGUGAGCUGGAAAUGGAAUAAAUAAUUCAUUGUGGACAUUGUCCAUAACAGAUCAUCUCCACUGCUCUCACAGCUCCUGCACUGGCAAAGUCCAGGUACUAUGAGCAGAGGAAGAGGAGUCUUAAUGUCACACCCUUAAUACUGGCCUUCCAGGCAAGACACUGUUUAAAUGGUUCUGAAGAGGACCCAAAUUUUUUAACUUCACCUCUAAACAGAGUCAACAGCUGGGAGGUAGUUUCUGAAACCUCCCAAGGAAGCUGUAACUGUGUGUUGCUUUGACUUUCAUCAGGAUUUAACAUCCUAUGUGUCUCAGUUGCUUUUGAAUAUCCACCUUUGAAAUGUUAAACAUUAUUAAUAUGCUUGUUAAACACCAACCUGCUAAAAUGUGCUUAAUUAUCUUAGAAAACACUGUACAAAGAUUGUGAUCUCACAUAAGAUGCUUGUCUUAGAUUUUCAUUACUGAUAUACACUGGCAGCUUACAGAAUAUUUGACCACAGCUCUGAGAAAGAGGUAGAUUUGGUUUUGGUUUGACAUGAAAAUGGGAACAAGCUGGAGUGGAAAUUAAUUUAUCACAAACUCUUUCCACAAUGUUUUUCAGGCUCAAGUCCUGAAGAGCUGACGAUCUGGGGGGAUUUAUCCAAGCAGUGUGCUGGCUUCUAAAGCUCUGUUCUUGCAGUUUAACACAGCCUUAAUCUGAGAUUGCAGCUCAAAGCUACCUCUUCCACUGGGCAAAUCUGACUACCUGCGUUGAGAAGUGGAAGUCACAGCUAAGUUCAUCCCCUCCCACCUCCACACCCAGUUCUGCUAUAUACAACCUAGUUUUCAUUCCACUGAGCUCAGAAAAGUGAGAGUAACUCUCCACAAAACCCCACAGUUUUCUAAAAGACGGCAUGGUACUCUAGCAAAGCAAAAGGUACAAACUGCCCAGUGUAUUCCAGGGAUGUAAGUAAGAAAUACGGUUCUCUUUCUCUCCAUGCCUUUUUAACAACAGUUAAACCACUAACCCAACAACGUUUAGCUUUCAGCCUAAUGAAGCAUAAGUGGCUUUUGCCAUUAGACAAAGUACAUAAUCACAUCCCUUUAUUCCUGUCUUGUUUGAAUUCUCUAUGGGCCAGAGAGGAGUGUCUGUGCAGCAUGCCGUUAAUCUAUGCAAAUUUCCUAUACGUGCUUUGAACCGUUCGUUUCAACUAAAAAAAAAAAAAAAAUUGAGCCCACAGAUGUGAAAUGCUGCCAGAUGGAUUCAGAGAGAAUCCCGUCUGAAGAGACUCCACCAAGUGACCUCUUCAGACAUAACUGUGAGGUUUCAUUCAUCUUUGCAGCGUCAGGGCCACCCAUUUGGCAGUGUGCAAAAUCAGAUCUCCACAGUCAUUAUGCUAUUCAGAAAUUUCCCCCAGACAGGACUUUCUCACCAAAGGCCCAGUACACAUCGCUGUUUGAAUGCUCUGCUGAGCUUGUCUUUUUUGUAAAGUGCAUGAGAUCUCGCUUCAGUGACUGCGCCCGCAAAGAAGAAAACUAAAUGGAAAAGUCAGAGGUAGCAGGACACAUGCUGUAAACAUGACAAUAACAGGACCUUUCCAUUUAUAACAUCAAAUGUUUAGUGAAAUAAAAAAGUGCUACUGCUGCAGACAACUUGUGUUGCAGAUUUGAACUGAGCAUCUGUGCGGCUACCGUUUGUACGUGCCCAUCGUAGGGGGACACAUACUCGUACAGCACGGGAGAGCUGGAGUGUUCAUGUGCAAUAUGCUGAGUGUUAGUCUGAUAUCUUUCUGACUGUGUUGUUUGGUAACUGUUUAAAAAAAGCUGUAUCUACAAGAACUCUGUCUGAUUCUUAAAAUUACAGCUGAACAACUUCUGUUUUCAGUUUGAACUGGUUUAGUAGGAAAACAGACAUUGCUAAUCCGAAAUUUCAUGAUGCUGUGCCCCAGCUUUGUGAUCGAGAGCCCCUUCCCCAGCCAUGCAAUCUGAUAAUCCUGCACAUGUUGUACUUAUGGUGAACAUUUUUUAAAGUGCACCUUUUUUUUCUGAACUAAAAAAAGUUGAUGUGCUUUAUUUUCUGUGGCCUGUUGCGCAUUGGGAAUAAUGAAUGUUAAAAGUGUGUCAGCGUCGCUUUUGUAAUAGUUACUCUGACAAAGGGAAGGAAGCGGGCUGUGAAAUCCUCUUGUGUAGCAAUGGGAAACACUCUUUAAAUGUAACAUGCUGUUAUUGAUACUGUAUUUACUGAACAAAUUGCAAUGAAACGGUUACUUCCUGGUAUUAGCCUUUGUACUGUACAGUAUUUUAUUCUACUUUAUUUUAUUUUAUUUUAUUUUGUCAUUUAUUGAUCCUAAGAAAUAAAUAUCCAUAUUUAA